AUGCUAGGUAAUAUCUAUCCUAAGGUAACGCUUAUAACGAGACCUACACUAUAUCAAUAUGCUAGAACUAAUGUCAUAGGGUCCAGUUGGCACACCACUAAGAAAGGUACUUAUUCAACCGCAGCAAAGCCUCUGGUCUUUAGAUCAGGGUUUCAUUCUAGCUCACCACAAAGACAAUCUAUUAAGGAUCCAUAUAAAGCUCUUGGUCUUAAUAGUAAUGCAUCGCAAUCAGAGAUAAAGAAGGCCUAUUAUAAAUUAGCCAAGAAGUAUCAUCCUGAUAUUAAUAAAGAACAAGAUGCAGAAAAGAAAUUCCAUGAUUUACAGAAUGCUUAUGAGAUAUUAUCUGACGAGACUAAACGUAAACAAUACGAUCAAUUUGGUGCUGCUGCAUUUGAUCCAAAUUUUGCUAAUUCUCAAGGUCACCCAGGAGGGUUUGGUGGGUUUGGUAGUGGAGGUGCCGCCGGUAAUCCAUUUGGAGACUUUGGUGGUAUCAAUUUCGAAGAUCUUUUUGGUGCUGCAUUUAGUGGUAGAAAUGGUGGUGCAGGGAAUCCUGGGAAUCCAUUUGGGAAUGCUGGAGGUGCUAAUCGUAUGAACAUGUUUAGAGAAUAUAAAGGUGAUUCAAUCCAUGUAGCAUGUAAAUUAAACUUUAAGGAUGCUGUCUUUGGGAAGAAGAACGUUAAAUUGACCUUCAAUUCAUUUGACCCCUGCCACACAUGUCACGGUUCUGGUAUGAAGAGUGGUGCCACCAAACAAACUUGUCAAAGUUGUCAUGGUAGUGGUACCAAGGUUCAUAUUAGAGGUGGUUUCCAAAUGAUGUCUACUUGUAAUGAAUGUCAAGGUGAAGGUAGUACAGUUAAAUCAGAAGAUAUCUGUCAUACUUGUCAUGGUGAUGGUGUUGAAUUUAAGCACAACAAAACUAUCGAUGUUGAUUUACCAAAUGGAUUACAAGACGGUGAUGCUAUUAGAAUCUCUAGCCAAGGGUCAUACCCUCAAAUGGCUGUAGAUCCUGAGAUGGCAAAGAAUGUAAGAAUGACAAGAGGUGAUAUUAUUGUUACUAUUCGAGUAGAUAAGGAUCCUAAGUUCUCUAUUAAGAAUAAAUAUGACAUCUGGUAUCAAAUGGAUAUCCCUAUUACUACGGCAGCACUUGGUGGUACAGUUGAAAUACCGACAGUAGACGGAAGUAAAAUUAGAUUAAAGGUACAACCUGGAACUCAACAUGAUGAAGUUAUUUCGGUACCAAACAUGGGUGUUCCACGUCCAGGGAUGUUAGGACAAGGUGGCCGUGGUAGUAUGAAGAUUCAAUACAGAAUAGUGAUGAAAAAGCCACAAUCUAAAGCAGAGAAAUGUUUGUGGGAAGCAUUGGCAGAUGUAACCCAUGAUAGCACCGCAAAGAGAACCAUGAACAUAACACUUGACGGAAUUAGUGGUAAUCAAUCCACUUCUACUGAAUCAACUAUGAGUAGCUCAGGAACUGCGGCAUCCAAUCCAGAUGAACCAAAUGCAUUGAGUAGAUUGGAAAAGUUUAUCUCUGGUGCAUUUAAGAAGAUAAAGGGUGAUAAAGAUUAA